GCCUGGCCGCACCCUGGCCGCACCGGAAGUCUGCGCCUCUGGCCAAGAGAGCCCGGAAUCCGGAAGCACUCUGGAAUCUGGGGAGAGCCUGCAGCGCCGGGAAUCAGGGGUCAUCUGGAGUGAAGAGCGUCUGGAGCAGGGAGCUCCGGGAUCAGCGAGCGCCGGGAGCCGGCCGGAUCCUCUGGCAGGAUGACUGUGGGAAUAUUUGCAAAUUGUACCUUCUGCUUGAAAGUCAAGUGCUUACCUCGUCAGCAGAAGAAAAAGCUACAGAGUGACAUUGAGGGAAAUGGUGGAAAAUUUUCCUUUUUAUUAACCCCCCAGUGUACACAUAUGAUCUUAGAUAAUGCUGAUGUUCUGAGUCAGCACCAACUGAACUCUAUCCGAAAGAACCACAUCCAUAUUGCAAACCCGGAUUUUAUAUGGGACUCUAUCAAAGAAAAGAGACUCUUGGAUAUAAAUAAUUAUGAUCUUAAUAAGUCACUGGACAUCAUGCCACCUCCUGAUCAAAAGACAAGUAGUUCUGAAGUGAAAACGGACAGCCCAUCCCCAGACAGUGACGCGGAGAAGGAAAACAUCAUGGAACUCUCUAAGUUUUAUACAGAGAAUGUUGAAAUUCCUCCUUUUCCUCAAGAUUUCGAAGUUGCAAAAUAUAAUUCCCUGGAAAAGGCCGGGGCAGAGGGAGGCCAGGAAGUGGCAGUGGUGGAGCUGCGGUGCUCCCAGGCCCCUGCGGAGUGUCCUUUUCUGAUAUUUGCACACUUUCUUCUGGCUGACGGCGUGCAGACUAGAAGACAGUUCACUGUGAAGAAAACAUCAGCAGAUGCAAGUGAAUACUACGAAAAUUACAUUGAAGCGCUGAAGAAACAAGGAUUUCUACUAAGAGAACAUUUUACCCCUGAAGCGACCCAAUUAGCAUCUGAAAAGCUGCAAGCAUUGCUUUUGGAAGAGGUCAUAAAUUCAAGCCCUCUGAGCCAAGAGGUGAGCGAUUUGGUGGAGAUGAUUUGGGCAGAAGCUCUGGGUCACCUGGAGCACACGCUUCUCAGGCCGGUGAAUGAGAUCAGCCUCAAUGACGUGACCAAGGCAGAGGGAAUUCUCCUUCUAGUAAAGGCAGCACUGAAAAAUGGAGAAACAGCAGCACAGUUGCAAAAGCUGAUGACUGAGUUCUACAGAUUAAUACCACACAAAGGUUCAACAACUGAAGAAGUUAACCUGAGACUAUUGGCUAAGAAAGAAGACCUCUGCCAGCUAAUAAGAGACAUGGUUAAUGUCUGUGAAACUAAUUUGUCUAAACCCAACCCACCAUCUCUUGCCAAAUACCGAGCUUUGAGAUGCAAAAUUGAGCAUGUUGAACAGAAUACCGAAGAAUUUUUCAGGGUUAGAAAAGAGAUUUUGCAGAAUAAUCGCAGUAAAAGCCCAGUGGAUAUCUUGCAGAUAUUUAGAGUUGGCAGAGUGAAUGAAACCACAGAGUUUUUGAGCAAACUUGGCAAUGUGAGGCGCUUGCUGCACGGAUCCCCUGUACAAAACAUCGUGGGAAUCCUUUCCCGAGGGUUACUUUUACCCAAAAGGGUUGAAGAUCGUGGAGUGCAAAGAACGGAUGCCGGCAACCUUGGGAGUGGGAUUUACUUCAGUGAUUCACUCAGUACAAGUGUUAAGUACUCACACCCAGGGGAGACGGAUGGAACCAGGCUCGUGGUUGUUUGUGAUGUGGCCCUCGGGAAGUGUCUGGACUUAUACAAGAAGGACUUUUCCUUAACCGAAGCACCCCCAGGCUAUGACAGUGUGCAUGGAGUUUCAGAAGCAGCUUCCGUUGCCACGGACUUUGAGGAUGAUGAAUUUGUUGUAUAUAAAACCAACCAGGUUAAAAUGAAAUAUAUUAUUAAAUUUUGCAUGCCCGGAGAUCAAAUAAAGGAUUUUCAUCCUCUUGACAAUACUGAAUUAGAGGAAUACAGACCUGAGUUUUCAGAUUUUUCGAAGGUUGAGGAUUACCAGUUACCAGACACCAAACCUUCCAGCAACAUCAAGGCCGGACUUCAGGACACCUCUGGGAAUUUGGUUCCUCUUGAGGAUGUUCACAUCAAGGGGAGAAUCAUAGACUUCGUCGCCCAGGUCAUUGUUUUUCAGACGUACACGAAUCAAAGUCAUGUGCCCAUUGAGGCCAAGUAUAUCUUUCCUUUGGAUGAUAAGGCGGCGGUGUGUGGCUUUGAAGCGUUCAUCAAUGGGAAGCACAUCGUAGGAGAGAUUAAAGAGAAGGAAGAAGCCCAGCGAGAAUACCGAGAAGCCAUCAGCCAAGGCCAUGGUGCUUACCUGAUGGAUCAAGAUGCACCGGAUGUUUUUACUGUAAGUGUUGGAAACUUGCCCCCUAAGGCUAAAGUUCUCAUCAAAAUUACCUACAUCACAGAACUCAGCAUCCAAGGCUCCGUUGCUGUCUUCUUCAUGCCCGCCACCGUGGCACCCUGGCAACAGAACAAGGCUUUGAAUGAAAACCUUCAGGAUACAGUAGAGAAGAUUUGUAUAAAGGAAAUAGGAACAAAGCAAAGCUUCUCCUUGACUAUGUCUAUAGAGAUGCCAUAUGUGAUUGAAUCCAUUUCCAGUGAUACACACAAACUGAAACAAAAGAGCACAGACUGCAGAGCUGUGAUCAGCACCGUGGAAGGCAGCUCCCUGGACAGCAGUGGAUUCUCUCUCCACAUCAGUUUGUCUGAUGCUUAUCUCCCAAGAAUGUGGGUUGAAAAACAUCCAGAAAAAGAAAGUGAGGCUUGCAUGCUUGUCUUUCAACCUGAUCUUGACCUUGCCCUCCCUGAGCUAGCCAACAGCAGUGAAGUGAUUAUUUGCCUCGACUGCUCCAAUUCCAUGGAGGGUGUGACAUUCAUGCAGGCCAAGAAAAUCGCCUUAUACGCGCUGUCGUUGGUGGGUGAGAAGCAAAGAGUGAACCUUGUCCAGUUUGGCACAGGUUACAAGGAGUUAUUUUCAUACCCUAAGUAUAUCACAAACAAUGACACACCAACAGAGUUCAUUAUGUCUGCUACCCCUAGCAUGGGGAACACAGACUUCUGGAAAACACUGCGAUAUUUAGGUUUACUGUACCCUUCGGAAGGGUUGCGGAACAUUCUCCUUGUAUCUGAUGGGCACCUCCAGGACGAGAGCCUGACCUUGCAGCUCGUGAAAAAAAAUGCCCAUCACACCAGGCUGUUCACCUGCGGUGUCGGUUCUACAGCAAAUCGCCAUGUCUUAAGGACUUUGUCCCAAUGUGGUGCCGGAGUAUUCGAGUAUUUUAACUCAAAAUCCACACAUAGUUGGAAAAAACAGAUAGAAGACCAAAUGACCAGGGUUCGUUCUCCAAGUUGCCACUCUGUCUCCGUCAAGUGGCAACAAUUCAGUGCAAAUGCCCAGGAGCCCCUGCAGGCCCCAGCCCAGGUGCAGUCCUUAUUCCACAACGAUCGACUCCUUGUCUAUGGAUUUAUUCCUCAUUGUACCCAGGCAACCCUACGUGCAUUAAUUCAAGAGAAAGAAUUUUGUACCAUGGUGUCAACUACUGAGCUUCAGAAGACAACUGGAACAAUGAUUCACAAACUAACAGCACGAGCUCUAAUCAGAGAUUACGAAGAUGGCAUUCUCCAUGAAAAUGCAACAAAUCAUGAGAUGAAGAAAGAAAUCUUGAAAUCUCUGAUUAUUAAACUCAGUAAAGAAAACUCUCUCAUAACACAAUUUACAAGCUUCAUAGCGGUUGAGAAAAGGGAUGAUAAUGAGUCUUUUCGUGACAUUCCAAAUAUUUCGGACCUUAUCGCCCAAGAAGAUGUGGACUUCUUGCCAUAUAUCAGCUGGCCGGAGGAGCAGCCAGACCCCGGUGUUUCACAGCAGCCUCUUUUAGCAUCCCCUGAAUGGAAUGAAGGAUUGGGUUUAUUCAAACGGAAGGGCAUGGCUAAAAGGAAAACGAAAUCCUCUAAGCCAGCAGUUCCUGUAUGUGCUGAAUGGCACAGCCUUCCUUCACAGCCAGCACUCCGACAAGCAGGGAUGGACGGACCGUUAGGUUUGAAGCAGACUGCUUCCUUUACAAAGAAAGAACUUCCAAAACCAUUGAUGAAAGCCAUGCAACCAAAAAUGGCAUCUGCUGCCAACUUCUCUUUUGGGGCUGGAGCAGCUGGUUCUCGCCCUUUCUCGGCUGCUGGCCUUGGGUAUUCAGCUCCCCUGGGUGCUCCCCCCUUACCUCUUCAUAGCUCUCUUUUUGGUUCUCAUCCGGGUCCCCAGCAGUCUGGCUUUUUUGAGAUUGCCAAUAGUACCAACAUUUCCAUUGGCUUGGGCUCUCCACUCAGAACGUCUCCCCAGGACCCACCUGUUUUUCAUAAAGAUGUUUGCCCUAGGGCAGAUGCACUGGCCAGCGACACAGAGAGAGAGCCAGAGGCACAGCAAGUGAGAAGACAAUUCCUUCUCUGUUCUUCUCCCGGGAUUUUGGGCACGCACGCACGCACGCCUAGCGUGAGUUUCAAGCCACAGGGUCUGGAACUUGAACCACAGUUGGCCACGUGGGAGUCCAGCGCCAUAACCGCUAUGUCACCCUCUAGCCCCCCAGACCCAUCUUUUGAAUUUGCCUGUGGUAUGAAAUCCCUGAAGUUAUGUGUCUCUGAACAGCUUGAUCCACACAAACCUGAGGAGGACGUUUUGGACUUUUGUAGUGCUGACACCUCCCUUGAGCUGGACUCUCCACUUCAGCAGAUUCCUCUUGUUGGUUUUUGUGGAGCGCUUCCCCCUCCUCCUCCUCCUCCUCUCCCAGGAGGUGUUAUGUUUCCUUCCAGUUUUCCUCCUCUGGACUCUCCACUCCAGCAGGGUCCUGCUGUUCCUUUUCAUGGAGCGCCUCCUCCCCCUCCUCCUCUCCCCAAAGGCCCUGCGUUUCCUCCCAGUUUUCCUAGAGCUCCUCGCCCUCCUCUGGGCUCUCCACUCCAAUGUCUUUUCCAGUCAGAUUUUAAGUUUGGCUCAAGUCAUGAAAGUUCUCCUGAAACAGAAAGUGAUGAAACAUGUUCAGCACUACCUCUAGGAAGUGCGGUUUUAAAAAGGAAAUUGAAAUUUGGCAUAACAGAAGGUGACUCGACAGCCAGCUUUCAGGCACAGGAAAACAAGGACAAAGGGAUUGCGGUGGACUUUUGUAGUGCUGACACCUCCCUUGAGCUGGACUCUCCACUUCAGCAGAUUCCUCUUGUUGGUUUUUGUGGAGCGCUUCCCCCUCCUCCUCCUCCUCCUCUCCCAGGAGGUGUUAUGUUUCCUUCCAGUUUUCCUCCUCUGGACUCUCCACUCCAGCAGGGUCCUGCUGUUCCUUUUCAUGGAGCGCCUCCUCCCCCUCCUCCUCUCCCCAAAGGCCCUGCGUUUCCUCCCAGUUUUCCUAGAGCUCCUCGCCCUCCUCUGGGCUCUCCACUCCAGCAGAUUCCUGCUGUUCCUUUUCAUGGAGUGUCUCCUCCUCCUCCUCCUACUCUUCCUCCUCCUCCUCCUCUCCUGGGAGGUGCUGGGUUUCUUUCCUCUGGUGUCUCUACUUUGCAUUUUCAAAAUGCAACUGAUGUCUCAAGCACUGGUUUCACGCUGUCGGGAGAUGCACUUGGGCUCUCUCACAGUGAAUCUCGGGCUUUUCCAUUAAACUAUUGUGACGUGUCUUCACCAGAAUGUCUUUUCCAGUCAGAUUUUAAGUUUGGCUCAAGUCAUGAAAGUUCUCCUGAAACAGAAAGUGAUGAAACAUGUUCAGCACUACCUCUAGGAAGUGCGGUUUUAAAAAGGAAAUUGAAAUUUGGCAUAACAGAAGGUGACUCGACAGCCAGCUUUCAGGCACAGGAAAACAAGGACAAAGGUGAGGAUGACACAGUCUGCAAACAAAGCUGGAGGAAUUCUGUGCCUCGAACUGAACUCUUCAGUCUACAAACCGAGGAUGGCUUCUGGAAACUUACACCAGAACUAGGACUGAUAUUAAACCUUAAUACAAGUGUUUUACAUGACUUUCUUGAACAAAAAGGUAUUCGAUCUCUAGGUGUAAAAGGAAAAGAACGUCUGCUGGACCUAAUUGCCACACUGCUGGUUCUACAGUUUCUUCGCACCCAGCUGGAACAUGAGGGAAUAUUCUUCAAAUCACUGAUGAGAAUGGAUGUUGCCCCCAUUUCCAGGAAUAUUCCCUGGGCUUCUGAGGCAAUAAAGAAAGCAAGUAAUUGGGUCAGAAGAACCGAAGGACAGUAUUCAUCUAUCUGUCAACGGCUGGAAUUGGGUAAAGACUGGGACUUUGCCACCAAGCAGCUCCUGGGAAUCAAACCCAUCACCUCUGCUUUUCCUCUUUCCAGAAUGCUUCACUACAGUUAAGGCUGAACCCAAUGAAAUCAUCUUUUAAACUUUUCUAAUGUUACUAUAGAUAAAAUAAUCAAACAUUAACAGUUACCUAUGAUACAGUUUAAUUUUGGUUUUAUUCAGUGUAACAAUCACCCCUUCUAAAAUAAAGUAAGUGGAAGCAGAA